AUGACCGGAGAAGACAUUGAUCCUCCGCCUGGUGGUGUUACAACAGAUUCCAGUGGAAACCGUAUAGCCAGUGGCUCGUUAGGUUCCGGUGGAGCCCUAGAUAGCAGCGGUGCUGCGUUGUCUCCAGUUGGAGAGGUUCGUUUGAUCUCGCCUUAUACUUUGGCGGCAUCUGAUAAUUCGGGCACGUUAAUUACCUCUGUUCUUUUGAAUGGAGAGAAUUACAAUGAGUGGGCGUUGGAGUUGCUCAAUGCGUUACAAGCUAAACGCAAAACAAGUUUCAUUCACGGAGCAAUCCCGAAGCCUGCGAGUGGUAGUUCUGACAUGGAGAACUGGUUAACGGUGAACUCCAUGAUAGUAGGCUGGAUUCGUGCUUCGAUCGAACCUUCGGUCGACGGUGUCGUACAUCUCCGAUGCUCACCUCCUGUGGACGGAGCUCAAGGAGAGAUUCUCGGUGGGAAUAAAGUUCGUGUUCAUCAGAUUAAGAGUCAACUUUCUUCGUGUAGGCAGGAUGGACAAACUGUUUUGGAGUAUUACGGACAUCUUUCAACGUUGUGGGACGAGUUGCAAACAUAUCAAACUUCGAUCUCAUGCUCAUGUGGUGCUGCAUCGGCGUCUGCUAAAGAGAGAGAGGAAGAAAAGAUACAUCAGUUUGUAAUGGGCCUAGAUGACUCGCGUUUUGGUGGUCUGUGCAUUGGGAUCGUUGCAGCGGAUCCACUAUCAACACUUGGAGAAAUCUAUGCCAAAGUUGUUCGUGAAGAACAACGCUUGAAUACGGCUCGCCUCCGUGAGCAGCAACAUGAGGCGUUGGGAUACUCGGCUCGUCGUGAGGAUGUCUCAAGUUCUGUCCGUUGCGAGAAUGUCUCAGGUUCAGAUCCUCGUGCUGACUCUCCAUCUUCGUCUUCGAUUCGUAAUCGGAACGCAUCGUGUAGUCAUUGCGGUCGUUCAGGUCAUGAGAAGAAGGACUGUUGGCAACUCGUUGGCUUUCCAGACUGGUGGAACGAUCGUAACAACUCUUCUUCUGAUCGCGGUGGUCGUGGAAGAGGUGGUCGAGGUGGAGGUAUCAACAGUUCAGGGCGUGGUCGUGGUCAAGCUAACGCAGCUCACGCCACAAGCUCUAAUGCUUCGUCCUUUCCUGAGUUUACUCCGGAUCAGUGGAAAGCUCUUUCCAAGCUGAUUCAAGAGAAAAUUGGGUGA